AUGUCUUCUUCUGGCCCUCUUGAACAGCUCACGUCUCAGAGUGGGGCGUACGAGAUCAUCUCUAAAGCGUUAGCCGACAAGAACGCUGCUGAAUCCGCACUUUUGGACGUCAAUCGACAACUCAACGACCUCAAAGCCACCCUCGCGGAGACCGAUAAAGAUCUCGAAAACUCACGCCACCGCACGCAGUUCUUCAUCGACAAGGUCAAGGAGAAGGACGACAUCAUCGACGACCGAGAGCUCGAAAUACUCCGCAUGUACUUCGUCUUGGACGGUCUCGCAAAGGACUGGCGAGUGCUGCAAGCGCCUUUGUCGAAACUGCCGUCGGAGCAUCAGCGAUCCACCCUGCGCUUCUCAUCAUUGGGACAAACACGGCGUCUAAACUCGACAUGUACCCUGCGUACCCUCACGACCGAGCAUGUACCCGCCAAUAAGAGGGACGCGGAGAAAGCAAUAAACGCAAGACUCGCCAUCGCUACCCGUCAACGCUCACUCCAGAACACCAUCACCGUACUUACUGAAGCGCUGCGAAAAGAGCAGGCGACGCAUGAGCGGACCCAACGCGCCUACCUCAACGCGCGAGCCAAGCUCGAGUUCUUAGCAGAUGGCUGGGUACCGAUCGACAAUACAGCGGCGCAAAUCGUCAUCAGCAUGGACGAGGUGCUCAGCGACGCUCAGGAAUUCUGCGCGAGGACCAAGGAUCACGCUGAUGCAAUGCUCGAAGAUCUUCAGAAGAAAGGGAUACAUGCCUGA